AUGGGUGUGAGGCAUGUGAUGGGUACAGGAACUUAUCUGGGGCGUCCAUCUAUGGUUGGAAGAAGAAAGAAAGCAAUAUUUUCCUUUAUCAAAGAUAGGAUAUGGAAAAGAAUCAACUCUUGGAGGGGUAGACCGUUGUCCAAGGCAUGCAAGGAGAUUAUGAUUAAAUCCGUCCUUCAAGCAAUCCCGUCCUAUGGUAUGAGUGUGUUUAUUUUACCGGAUACCCUAGUAGAGGAUAUUGAGAAGAUGCUUAAUGCUUUCUGGUGGGGAGGAGCUAGUAACAAUAAAGGAAUCCGUUGGCUUGCGUGGGAUAGUUUGACUUACCCUAAAAAUGAAGGAGGGUUAAGAUUCCGUGAUUUCAAAGCGUUUAAUAUGGCUAUGGUGGCAAAACAGGGUUGGCAUAUCAUGAAUAAUCAGAAUACUUUAUUCUCUAAAGUCUUCAAAGCCAAAUAUUUUCCUAACUCAUCUUUUUUGGCCGCGGAUCUUGGUACUAAUCCUAGUCUUGUUUGGAGGAGUUUGUGGACGGCGCGUCAAGUGCUUGUUUUGGGGAGCCGUUGGAGAAUCGGGGAUGGUAGUAAUAUCAAUGUGAUGCGAGAGCCGUGGUUGAGAGGUGUUGAGGGCGGAAGGAUGGAGGCUCCUCAGGAGGAGCAUGUCUACAGUCUAGUGGUCAAGGACUUGAUGGAUCCCCUUUGCAAACAAUGGGAUCGUAAUAAAAUUGACCAACUAUUUACUGAUGAGAUUACUGACAUUAUUUUACAGGUUCCCUUGGUGGGUGAUGUUACGGAGGAUGGCAUUGUUUGGAAGUAA